UGUGGAAAUGACUAAAGUAGUCAAACCUGUUCAUUAGAAGAAGGGGGGUGUCCCAAUACUUUUGUCUAUGUUGUGUAUGAGAUAUUGUUUUUCCAAAGUGAAGACUUCACCAAGACGAUUUGCAGAUUUUGUUAUUUGUCUUUGGACAUGUUCAUUCAAAAACGUCCUCGCAUGCAUUGCAGAAAUGCCUUCGGAUACAUUGAGCGCUUGAUUUCAAAACAUCCAAUCAGGAUCAUAGAUCCCUGUACGGGAUACCUGGUGUUUUUUCAGGGCGGAUCUGGCCAAUGACUGGAUGGCAAAUCUUGACAGACAAGCAUAAUAGCGAAUGAACGUGCGCUAGCAGUGCUUAACGGGUUCAUUGCAUUCUGCAAGACAUCUCCGGAUGGUGUUUUUGCUCAAUUUGCUGGAGCGAAAUCCUCUUAUCUGCGACCCUGUGCAGCGCUGCAUUUGACGAUGGAUGCGUGUAAUAUGGAGAUGGUUGAUAGCGUAAUGGACAGCUCGGAGGAAUGUGUGAACAGUGAUGAAGAACAAGACAAGAAGAAAGAAUGGGAUGAUUUAUCUGACAAGGAGAGUGUGGCUUCUAGCGACUCUGCAGUAGAGGAGAUGUCCAUCAAUGAUCUCGAAACUCUUCUGGAUGAGUUUACAGAUGUCUCUGAUGAUGAUGAUGACUGGUAUCCAGAGGUCACUCCACAAAAGAAGAAGAGAUCCAGUCUGUCUUCUGUAUCACCAUCUCCAGCAAAGUCUUGCAGAUCUGGUUCGCCUGCCUCUGUACAAAGUGGCAAAAGCAAAGGUAGGAGAAGCAGUGUGAGUCGAGCCCUACCUUUUUCCUUAAGCAUCUCAGAACAGAAGUGGAAAAGUGCAGAUGAGCCUGAUGUCGAGCCGACACAGCCAGUAUUCAGACCUAAACAAAAACCCGGCCCACGGCUGGUCUCCACUGCAUCGUGCAGUCCUCUGCAGUAUUUUGAGUUGUUCUUUUCAAAAUCAGUCUUGCGGACAAUUUUAGCAAACUCGAAUACAUACGGGGCCAUGCGUCAGGAAGGAACAAAGAAGCCAUGGGAGGACAUUUCAGUAAAAGAUCUGAAGUCAUUCAUAGCACUGGUGAUUUACAUGGGUUUGCUGAAAUGCUUCAAACUGACAGACUACUGGAGGAAGUCUCAGAUAUAUAAUCUUCCCUAUCCUUCUCAAAUCAUGUCUAGCAGGAAGUUUAUGACCAUCAGUAAAGCUCUUCAUAUUAGUGAUCCCAAAGUGGAUGCAGAGAAUGACAAGAAGAGGGGAACACCUGAAUACGACCGCCUGUGUAAGAUCAAACCGCUGUACCAGGACAUUAGGGACGCCUGCAGAGCCUCUUUCCAUCCCGCUCAGAACAUCUCCAUCGAUGAACGAAUGGUGGCAUCAAAGGCUAAAAAUGGACUCAAACAAUACAUGAAAAACAAACCUACAAAAUGGGGGUACAAACUUUUUGUACUAGCAGAUUCUCUCUGUGGCUAUACAUGGGACUUCUUCAUUUAUGAAGGAAAGGCAAAUUUGGAGGAUAGCAAAGGAAUUAGUUAUGAUUCUGUCAUGAUUCUGGCAAACGAAAGGUUGUUGGGAAGCGGCUACAAGCUGUUUGUUGACAACUUUUACACCAGUCCCAAGCUCUUCAGAGACCUACUCCGUAAAAAGAUCUGGGCUUGUGGCACCGUUCGGGCAAACCGCAUUGGGCACUUAAAGACACAGGCUCCUCGUGGCAAUAUUCGCUGGUUUAGGGAAGACGAUCUGCUGUUUGUCGAGUGGAAGGACAAGAGAGACGUGCUGAUGUGCUCCACCUUUCAUAAAGCCUUUAAUGGGGACUCCAUUAAGAGGAAUGUGAGAGGAGCCGAUGGAGUUUGGGCCUUUCAGGAUUUCCCCGUUCCAGUCGCAGUGCUGGACUACAACAAGCACAUGGGAGGAGUGGAUCUGUCUGACGCACUCAUUUCGUUUUACACAGUUUUACAUAAAACAAGAAGGUGGUAUCGGUCCUUUUUUUACCACUUUGUGGACAUCGCCGUAGUCAAUGCCUUCAUUUUGCACAAGCAGACGGCCAAGAUGAACAACCAGAAGCCUCUGUCCCAGAAAGCCUUUCGGGAGGUGCUUGUUACUGAGCUUGCAGGAACAGGACCUGCAUCAGCCCCUGCACAAAUACGCCCGAUACUUACCCCUUACUCCCAUUUGCCCAAGUACAUCAGUGGGGACAGCAGCAUUGGAAGGCGAAAGUGCAAAAUGUGCAACAAUAAAACUCCAGUCAUGUGUGUGACUUGUGAUGUGGCGCUGUGCUUCGUUCCCAAGCGCGACUGUUUCACUAGCUGGCAUUACCCACAUAGCAGCAGUGAGAAUGAGGCAGAGUAAAGGCCUAAGUGCUGGGAUUUUGAGUCUAGUGUGCGCUAGGAUCACUAUCCGAAACUCAUAGCUGAGAGCAAAAUCAAACAUGAGAAAAACAAUACUCAGAAUUGGAGGAUGAAAGUAGCAUAGUAAUGUGAAUCGACACACAGUCGAUCUGCAACAUCAAACACAGUACAGCGCAACUAGCAAAUUGGGAUCUGUUACUGUUUUUAUGCGAAAUAAACACUUGUGAGACUUAAAUCAGUGUAGUUACUAAAACCUGUACAUUUUUCAUAAAAUGCACAAAACAAAAAACUAUACUACAUUUGUGAGUAGUUAGAAUCGAUCUGAUCAAAUACUAAAAGAAUGAGUAAUGAAAUUGCUAACAAACCAAGUCCGUUAAAUGAAAUCGGAUAUAGAAAACAAACUAAAAAUUUUCAUUAUUCUGAUCGCUACUUGUUCAUGUGUAUACCUGCUUUUCUAAAUGUUUUGAUGUAGUGGCAAUGUCUAACAUUUUUAAUCAUGCCGCUUCUUGUAAUAGUGUAUUUUGCGCAAAAUAUUCCUGCUUUAUUCAAGCAAUAUUAUGCCUUUAAUCUCCUACUUUUAUUAUACAAUUUAAUUUUUGCAACAUUAAUCUUAGAUUAAUCUUAUAUUCGUAUAACACUCUUGCUUAAAUUUCUCCAUUGCUGUUUAUUCUUUGAUAAAUGAAGGAAGGGUAGGGAAAGUUAGUGACUUCAAAUCAGAAGAGAUGUUCAUUGAUGGACUUGGUCCCCUCCUUAAUCGCCAACUCAGCCAAUCUUCAGACGUGACCAAACACCUGGCUUGCAGAUUUUUAAAUGGAUCUUUUCAAAAUCAGUCCCACAGACAACAUACAGUAUGUGCCAAGAUGUCAGGAAGGAAAGAAGAAGCCAUGCCAUUUUUACCUUUCCUGUCACUGGUGAUCUACAGUACAUGGAUCUGCUGAGAUGGACUAUUGGAGGAUUUCACGCAUCUACAGACUACUUUAUGGCCACCAGUAAUACAGUCAACAAAAAUGGUGGUACAAAUAUUCAUUGUAACCUAAUUGUUCUAUUUCAUCUGUAAGACUUCUAGCACAUUUAAUCUCAUUUGUGAAUGCUUUCUUGCUAAUGAAGGUUGCUUGAUUUCUUGAAGGUAAGUGGACUGCUGUAAUUGAUCUCUGUUUGGUAAUGCAGAAGCUGAUGUCCAUGUUAACUGACUUGCUUGUCAACUGACUCGCUGCAACAAGCUAAAUUUGAGUUUGCUAAAGGCGCUUGAGGCAUGAUUUUUACACAAUAGUAGUGGUUUGGCAUUUAUUGCUUGUUUGCCUGCCAAUUCAUUGUUUGUACAGUAUAAUAGUUCCU